AUGGAGUCUUCACGAGGGCCCCCGAGGGUCAAGAACAAGGGCGCGGCCCCUGUUCAGAUCUCUGCCGAACAGCUGUUACGAGAGGCAGUCGACCGGCAGGAGACCGGCGUUCAGGCGCCGACGCAACGCUUCGAGGACCUCGAAGAGCUACACGAGUUCCAGGGUCGCAAGCGCAAGGAGUUUGAGGACUAUGUUCGACGGAAUCGCGUGAACAUGAACAACUGGAUGCGCUAUGCCGCAUGGGAACUCGAACAGAAGGAGUUUAAGCGAGCGCGCUCCGUCUUUGAGCGCGCUCUCGACGUCGAUCCGUCCUCAGUCAUCCUUUGGAUUCGCUACAUCGAGGCCGAAAUGAAGAACCGUAACAUCAACCACGCCAGAAAUCUGCUGGAUCGGGCUGUUACAAUCCUACCACGCAUCGACAAGCUAUGGUACAAAUACGUCUACAUGGAGGAAAUGCUUGGAAACAUCCCAGGCACGCGGCACGUCUUUGAGAGGUGGAUGACAUGGGAACCUGAUGAGCAGGCUUGGAGUGCCUACAUCAAGUUGGAGAAGCGGUAUGGCGAGUUUCAACGUGCCCGUGAAAUCUUUGAGCGUUUCACGAUUGUCCAUCCGGAACCUCGCAAUUGGAUCAAGUGGGCGAAAUUCGAGGAGGAGGUGGGCACCAGCGACCUUGUCAGGCAGGUGUUCGGUGCGGCCAUCGAGUCGCUCGGAGAUGAAUUUGUCGAUGAGCGGCUUUUCAUUGCGUAUUCUCGCUUUGAGACGAAACUCAAAGAAUACGAACGAUCAAGAGCCAUCUACAAGUAUGCACUGGACAGGCUACCUCGAUCGAAAUCCAUGGCGCUACACAAGGCGUAUACGUCAUUUGAGAAGCAGUUUGGAGACAGAGAGGGUGUGGAGGACGUCGUUCUCUCCAAGCGCCGGAGGUUAUACGAGGACCAGAUCAAAGAAAACCCCAAAAACUACGACACCUGGAUUGACUACGCCAGGCUGGAGGAGACUUCGGGAGACGUGGAUCGGGUUCGGGACGUAUAUGAACGUGCUGUGGCGCAGGUGCCUCCAACGCAAGAAAAGCGGCAUUGGCGGCGGUAUAUCUAUUUGUGGCUCUUCUAUGCUAUAUGGGAAGAGACGGAAGCCAAAGACAUUGACCGAGCACGCCAGAUCUAUAAGCUCUGUCUCAACCUUGUACCGCACAAGAAGUUCACGUUCGCCAAGAUAUGGCUACUCAAAGCUCAGUUCGAAGUGCGGCAAGGCGAUCUUUCGGCGAUGCGCAAGACCAUGGGCCAGGCGAUUGGGAUGUGCCCCAAAGACCGCCUCUUCAAAGGAUAUAUCGACCUCGAGCUCAAGCUUUUUGAGUUUGUGCGAUGCCGGACCCUCUAUGAAAAGCAUGUCGAAUGGAACCCCGCGAAUGGUCAAACAUGGAUCAAAUUCUCCGAGCUGGAACGCGGCCUGGGCGACCUUGAGCGCGCUCGCGCAAUCUUCGAGCUGGCGAUCCAACAAGAUCUGGAUAUGCCAGAGCUCGUAUGGAAAGCUUACAUUGACUUUGAGGAAGAGGAAGGGGAGUACGAGAGGACACGGGCGCUGUACGAGAGGCUUCUCGAGAAGACGGACCAUGUCAAGGUGUGGAUCAGCUUUGCUCACUUCGAAAUCAACAUUCCCGAGGAGGAAGAGGUGGAAACGGAAGACGACGAGCAGCCAGUGUCCGAGGAAGCAAAGGACCGUGCGCGCCAGAUUUUCAACCGCGCACACAAGAGCAUGCGGGAGAAGGAGCUCAAGGAGGAGCGGGUGUCGCUUCUCAACGCCUGGCUGUCCUUUGAGCGCACGCAUGGAUCAGCCGACGAUGUGGACAAGGUGCAGAAGCAGAUGCCGCGCAAGAUCAAGAAGCGGCGGGCGCUGGAGGACGGCACAAUGGAGGAGUACAUCGACUACGUCUUCCCCGCGGACGACGAGCAGAAGCAGAAUUUGUCGCAGAUGAUGGCCAUGGCUGCUGCGUGGAAGCAGAAUGCGGCUGGUGGCCUUGGGAGCAGUGGUUGA